GGUGAUGAAGGGAGCCGCCCAACCUCAAGAGGGAGGAUGAAGACAGACCACCGCUGCCCCGAGCCCGAGGGCGGCUCCGCUCCCCUUGCUGCGGGCCGGGCGGGGCCGGGGCCGGGCGGAGCCGGGGCUGGAGGAUUUCCCCAAAUGCCCGCUGGCCGCGAUGGGCUCCGCUCCGUACCGCUCGCUGCUGCCGCUGCUGCUGUCCCCGCUGUCGCUGUUGCCCGUGGUGUGCGGUGACUGUGGGCCGCUGCCCAGCCUCAGCAGGGCAGAGCCCCCGGAGGACAUCCGGCACAAGGACAGCUUCCCCGUGGGCUCCAAAGUAACGUACAGAUGCCUCCAGAAUUUAUCGAAAAUCCCAUCUCGGUUGGAUACAAUAAUGUGCCUUAAUAACUCCUUAUGGUCCAACCUGCAGGAGUUCUGUGACCGCAGCUGCCAGAGCCCUCCCCAAGUGGCUUUUGCCAAACUAUCAGAAGAAGAUGAAAUGAAGAAUUUUUAUGCUGUUGGGAUCACUGUGAGCUACGACUGCAACCCAGGCUAUGAGAACAGCACUGCUGAACUCCCCACCAGCACCUGCCGUGAGAAUUCAACGUGGUCGGAAGUUCCUGAGCUGUGUCACAAGCAGUCUUGUGGUCCUCCGACAAAUCCAGAACACGGCACUGUUGUGGCAACAGAUCACCUCUUCCUUGCGAGAGCCGAGGUGGUUUGUAAUAAAGGGUACACACUGUCAUCAAGGGUAUCGUUCAUCCGAUGUUUCACUCAGGGAAAUGGGGUUGCCUGGACUCCACUUCCAACGUGUCAGGUUUCUCCCUCUGUAACUGGCACUACAGCAGUGACAAACUCAACCCCUCAUUUGGAAGAGAAGGCAUGGGAGAACCGCUACAUCCUACCACUUGUCCUCAUCCCUUGUGUCACUGGAGUUGCUGUGAUUGUCGCUUGGAGCAUCAAGAAGUUCAGUGCGAGUAAAAAGACUGGGUCUUUCAAGCCAAAUCCAGGGGAUGAAGAGCAGAACCCAUGCUACAGAGCACAGAGCUGAUGGGUGUGCAGGGGCAGCUGCAGUCGACUCCUAAAAGCACCAGGAUUUUUGCAAUGGAGAAACUCUCUAUCGAGAAGCAGAAGGUUCAAACUUCCUUUGUUUUCAGCUCCCUUUCCUUUUCUAUAAUAUUUUACUUUAUUUUUAGUGUCAGAAGAACAUUUUCCCAGUUCUUAAACUGAGACUUUUAAUAUUCAGUAAUCAUUUCUUUCCGCCAGGAGAAUGAUCCCAUGUAAAACACUGCAUUUGCACGUCUGUUUUGCUAAGCCUCAUUUAGUAGCUUGCAGAUAAAAGUUUGAAAACUACA